AUGGCGAGUCGGAGAACGUCGCAUAUUUUCCGGGUGACCGGCCUGUCGCGGGAACAGCCCGAUGACGAUCUGCAGACCGCAUUGCAAGAGACACUCCACGACAACCUCACCGACGACGAGAGACCGCAGAUCCAGGCGGAGAUCGCCGUCGUGCCCUCGUGCUAUGAGAGUGACACACAGAGGGUGGCGCUGGUGCAGUUUCGCGGUGGCGUGCCUCAGUUCCUUCAUGAGCUGAAAGUCGAUCCGCUGGAGGACUGGCAGGUCGAGAUGGGAGACACUGACAUCAGCUUUGACCGUCACUUCUUUGGGUUUACCCAGCUCUACGCGCCGGACGAGAAUAAACCAGUGGUUGCCGACAUCAUCGCCAUCACCGGGCUAGAUGGGCAUGCAUACGGCUCGUGGCAGGGCCGCGGGAAUCUCGGUCGGAUGUGGCUUCGGGACUUUCUGUCAAAGGAUUUGCCGCAGUGCCGGACCAUGAUCUAUGGGUACAACUCCAAGCUGUCGAGCCACGGGGUGGAUACGAUCCUCGACUACGGGCGGGAGCUGAUGGAGGAGAUCAAGAAGGUUCGGAAUACCAAGGAGUGCCUGGUGAGGGCGAUCCAAACAAUGGAGGGAGACCACCCGGCGAUCACAUCACUCUAUCGAGCCACGUACGGCAUGCUCCUAUUUGCCAUCCCCCAUAAAGGACUAGUGAUGGACGACAUCGAGCAGAUGCUGGGCGGGGACAAGAACCAUCCGCGGGGACAGUUGCUCCGGCAGAUCUCCAAUAAAUCGGACCUACUGAUCCACCAGCUGGUGGAUUUUAAAAACCUGAUCCGCGACCGGAAGGUAGUCAGCUUCUAUGAGACGGAGCAGACGAGGCGCUUAGUAUUGGACUCGGAAAGCGGACGAUGGAAACGCACAGGUGACUUCGUGACGACGGUUGGCGCAGACUCAGCUCUUCUUCAGCUCCCCGACCAUGAAGAGGAUAAGGUGCCGCUGCAUGCGGAUCACUCGAUGAUAGUCAAAUUUAACACGCGCAACGCGGCCGGCUACCAAACCGCACUUGAUCGAUUGCGACAGUUUGUCGAUGCCGCCCCAUCGGUAGUGGCGGCUCGGUUUGCGCAGACACGCCAGAAGCCCCAGCCUCAGUCCACAGUGCCACUUAAAAGAGACCCAAUGUUCGUGGGUCGUGAAGCUGUCAUCAGCGCGAUUAAGGAGAAACAUGGGGCGAUCGGCCAGCGACAUCAGCGGGUGGCAUUAGUCGGGUUGGCCGGUGUAGGAAAAACCCAGACAGCCAUCGAGUAUGCCUAUCGCGUGCGAGACUCUACACCGGACACGUGGGUUUUCUGGAUCCACGCUAGCAAUGCGGCGCGGUUCGAACAGGGCUACCAGGAGAUUGCCGCGGUGGCGGAGAUUCCGGGACGGGACGACCCGAAGGCAAACUUGCUCCAGCUUGUGUAUCGGUGGUUAUGUGAUGUACGCAAUGGGCGCUGGCUGACAGUGCUCGAUAAUGCGGAUGACGAUGGCGUUUUUUUCCGUGACAAUCCAUCGGAUGAACGAGGGCCACUGGUUCGGUUCCUGCCUCAGGUGGCGCAUGGAUCGAUGCUAAUCACAUCACGAAAUGAUCGUGCGGCACGGAAUCUGGUGGGGAGUGAUGGUGAUGUGAUCACAGUCCAGCCCAUGAACGAGGAAGAGUCGGUCGCGCUUUUAAAGUUAAGACUUCUGGAUCCUCCCUCUGAAGAGUCGCGAGAGGACGAGAGGGCACUGGUACAGGCCCUGGAAUAUAUCCCGCUGGCAAUUACGCAAGCAGGGUCCUAUAUUGCCAGCCGGUCACCUUUAAUUACCGUCUCGGCAUACCUUCGGCUUUUCCAUGAGAGCGAGCCGAAGCGGAUGCGGCUGCUCCAGACUAAGGAUUCCACAGAUCUCCGGCGUGAUCCCAGCAUUCGAUAUGCGGUGAUCACAACAUGGCAACUAUCAUUCAAGCAAAUCCGUCAGGAGCAGCCUACGGCAACCGAUCUCCUAGCGUUGAUGAGUAUGUUCGAUCGGCAGGGCAUCCCCGAAGAUCUGGUGCGCGACUCUGAUCAAGAUGAGCUUGACUUUCACGAUGCAUUGGCGCCGCUUCUCAGCUAUUCUCUGGUCCGGUUGGAAAUAAAUGAACGGUUGUUUGACAUGCACCGGCUCGUGCAGUUAUCAGUCCGGGCGUGGCUGCAGCAGCACCAGCAGCUCCAGAGCUGGCAGAUCAAAUUACGCGAGAUUAUGGCGCGGGUAUUCCCCGAUGGCAACUACGAAAGCUGGAGGCAAUGUCGAAGGCUCCUUGCGCAUGCCAAGAGUGUGCUGACGUCUACCAAUGACGCAGGCAAUAACGACCAAUUGAAUGCCGCUACCCUCUCCUCUCGUUGUGGGUGGUUUCUGGAACUUCAAGGAGCAUAUGAGGAGGCUGCAUCGAUGCAUCGACGGGCGCUGGAGGCACGAGAGAAGGUGCUCGGACGUGAGCAUUCCUUCACGCUCACCAGUGUUAGUCACUUUGGCUUAGUCCUCUCCAGGCAAGGGAAAUAUGAAGCGGCGGAAGCGAUGCAUCGGCGGGCGGUGGAAGGAUAUGAGAAGGUGCUUGGACGUGAGCAUCCCUUCACGCUCACCAGUGUCAACAACCUUGGCAGUGUGCUUGAGAGCCAAGGGAAAUAUAAAGCGGCGGAAGCGACGCAUCGGCGGGCGGUGGAAGGAUGUGAGAAGGUGCUUGGACGUGAGCAUCCCUCCACGCUCACCAGUGUCAACAACCUUGGCAGUGUGCUUGGCAGCCAAAGGAAAUAUGAAGAGGCAGAAGCAGUAUUUCGACGGGCGCUGGAAGCGAGUGAGAAGGUGCUUGGAGAUGAACAUCCCUCCACGCUCACCAGUGUCAGCAACCUUGGCAGUGUGCUUAACAGGCAAGGGAAAUAUGAAGAGGCGGAAGCGAUGCAUCGACGAGCGGUGGAAGGAUAUGAGAAGGUGCUUGGACGUGAGCAUCCUGACACGCUCACCAGUCUGGACAAUCUUGGCGGUGUGCUCUCCAGCCAAGGAAAAUAUGGAGAGGCGGAAGCAGUACAUCGACGCGACCUAGAACUGAGUGACGUGGUCCUUGGGCGUGAGCAUCCUGACACGCUCACCAGUGUCAACAACCUUGGCUUAGUGCUUGGCAGCCAAGGCAAAUACGAAGAGGCAGAAGCGAUGCAUCGACGGGCGCUGGAAGCGAGUGAGAAGGUGUUUGGAGAUGAACAUCCCUCCACGCUCACCAGUGUCAACAACCUUGGAUUAGUGCUAUCCAGCCAAGGAAAAUAUGAAGAGGCGGAAGCGAUGCAUCGACGGGUGUUAGAAGCACGAGAGGAGCUGCUUGGACGUGAGCAUCCCGACACGCUCACCAGUGUCAACAACCUUGGAUUAGUGCUAUCCAGCCAAGGAAAAUAUGAAGAGGCGGAAGCGAUGCAUCGACGGGUGUUAGAAGCACGAGAGGAGCUGCUUGGACGUGAGCAUCCCGACACGCUCACCAGUGUCAGCAACCUUGGCAGUGUGCUUGACAGGCAAGGGAAAUAUGAAGAGGCGGAAGCGAUGCAUCGACGGGUGUUAGAAGCACGAGAGGAGCUGCUUGGACGUGAGCAUCCCGACACGCUCACCAGUGUCAGCAACCUUGGCAGUGUGCUUGACAGGCAAGGGAAAUAUGAAGAGGCGGAAGCGUUGCAUCGACGGGCGCUGGAAGCACGAGAGAGGGUGCUUGGAGCCAAGCAUCCUGCCACGCUUAUCAGUGUCAACAACCUUGGGUUAGUGCUCUCCAGGCAGGGGAGAUAUGAAGAGGUGGGAGCGAUUCAUCGACAGGCAUUUGGAUGA